AUGGUAUUUGGAGAAGAUAACGUCAGCAACGGACAAACUGAAGAUAGUUUAUUAAGUUCGAAAGCCAGCAGCCAGUAUGUGAUUUCUAAAAUUUCCAAGAGCACUAAAUAUAAAGAGAAGAAAAAGCAUAGAAGAUGUGGACGAAAUUUCUUAUUGGUAUUCGGUAUACUCUUCGUGAUACUGGGUAUAUUAGCUACUGUUUUCACUCCAUACGACAUGCUUAUGAAGCUGAGGAUAAGAAUGCAGCCAGGAUUUCCCCCAUUUGAAUGGUGGCUUAAUCCCCCAGACGAAGUGAUACUCAGUAUCUAUGUUUUCAAUGUCACCAAUUCUGAGGAAUUUAUGAAUGGUACAGAUGACAGAAUGAAGGUUCAAGAAAUCGGACCCAUAUCAUACAUGGAAAAGCUCAUCCAUACUUUCCCAGUUUUUAAUGAGAAUGGCACCCUUACUUACACAGCCAAUCGGACACCUAUAUAUCUGCCAGAACUAAAUCCCGAAUAUUUGUUGAAUAAAACGAUUGUUGUGCCAAAUAUGCCAGUUCUGAUGAUCCCUACGUAUCUUUACGACGCUCCAUUUUUUGUCAAAUUCAGCGUAAACGUAAUGAUGAGGACUCUGAAUUCCAGUCCGUUCAAAACGACGAGCAUCCAAAAUUUCUUGUGGAAUUUUUCCGAUCCUAUCGUGGAUUUAGCGCAAAAUUUGGCACCCAGAUUAGUACCAACGAAAAAUGUCGGCAUAUUAUCAAGGGUUUAUGCCGACUUUGUGGAUAAUGUCACAGUCUACAUUGGACCCACUUACGAGGAGAGAAAGUUUUUUCUCAUUGACAAAUAUGAUGGGUCGGAGUUUUUGCCAAACAGAGGGGGUAAUUGCAAGGAUGAGGUGAGAGGGGCUACAGAAGGUGUUCUCUAUCCCCAAAAGAGUAGUAAAACCGACGUGCUGAGAUAUUUCAGGAAAACGCUGUGUAGGAAUGUCAACCUUGUAUAUACGAAUGAGGUGGAAAAAUACGGUGUUACAGGGUAUAGAUACGAAGUUCCAGCUGAUUUUUUCAAUAGGACUUUUCCAGAAGAAGAUGACUGUUACAAAAGCACUCCCACUUUGCCUGAUGGUUUAUCAGAUCUAUCGCCUUGCUACUAUGAUACUGCGAUUGCAACAAGUUUCCCCCAUUUUUUACAUGGAUCAGAAGAAAUAAAGAAAUACGUUGAUGGCUUGGAACCUGAUCCACAAAAACAUAGAUCCUAUAUUGAUUUAGAACCAGAAACCGGAAUACCUAUGUAUGGUGGUGCAAGAGCCCAGCUCAAUCUGGUAGUCAAAGACAUGAAAGGUUUCAAUGACAAAAUCAGAAAGUUCAGCAACAUAGCCAUACCAUUGCUCUGGCUCGAAUAUGUACAAAAGGGUUUACCAUGGUACAUCGAGUAUUUGAUAUACUUCCAAGUUGUACUGUUACCUAUCAUACAAGUAGUAUUUUCUGUGGUGAUGCUGAUCCUGGGCAGCAUUCUGAUGUUUUUCUACAUUAGGAAAAUGUCAAAACGGAAGGAAAAUCUUGCGAGGAACAAGAUGCAAAGAUUCGAGACUGAGACUUUCCUAAAACCCCAGUGA